AUGCCACCAAGGCAUCUCCCCGACCCCACCAGUGCCCACACUAUCCCCCACCAAGGCAUCUCCCCGACCCCACCAGUGCUCACACUAUCCCCCACCAAGGCAUCUCCCCGACCUCACCAGUGCUCACACUAUCCCCCACCAAGGCAUCUCCCCGACCUCACCAGUGCUCACACUAUCCCCCACCAAGGCAUCUCCCCGACCUCACCAGUGCUCACACUAUCCCCCACCAAGGCAUCUCCCCGACCCCACCAGUGCUCACACUAUCCCCCACCAAGGCAUCUCCCCGACCUCACCAGUGCUCACACUAUCCCCCACCAAGGCAUCUCCCCGACCUCACCAGUGCUCACACUAUCCCCCACCAAGGCAUCUCCCCGACCUCACCAGUGCUCACACUAUCUCCCACCAAGGCAUCUCCCCGACCUCACCAGUGCUCACACUAUCCCCCACCAAGGCAUCUCCCCGACCUCACCAGUGCUCACACUAUCCCCCACCAAGGCAUCUCCCCGACCUCACCAGUGCUCACACUAUCCCCCACCAAGGCAUCUCCCCGACCUCACCAGUGCUCACACUAUCCCCCACCAAGGCAUCUCCCCGACCUCACCAGUGCUCACACUAUCCCCCACCAAGGCAUCUCCCCGACCUCACCAGUGCUCACACUAUCCCCCACCAAGGCAUCUCCCCGACCCCACCAGUGCUCACACUAUCCCCCACCAAGGCAUCUCCCUGACCUCACCAGUGCUCACACUAUCCCCCACCAAGGCAUCUCCCCGACCUCACCAGUGCUCACACUAUCUCCCACCAAGGCAUCUCCCCGACCUCACCAGUGCUCACACUAUCCCCCACCAAGGCAUCUCCCCGACCUCACCAGUGCUCCCACUAUCCCCCACCCCCAUGUCUGACUCCUCUGGAGUUGGAUUUGCUUGA